AUGGACCGGGAUGGCAAACAGAAUCAGACAACAAACGAGACAUGCCUUUGCAGGUGCACUGCCCAGGUUGCUAUCAAGAAUGAGGGGAACUACAGGUUCACCACUGCAUCCGAUGACGGCUCUUUAAUGUACUUGAACGGGCGGGAGAUCGUCAAUAACAAUGGCUGCCACGGCGAACGGGAGCGGACGAGCGGCAACCAGUGGCUCACGCCCGGCUACCACCUGGUUGGAGUGGACAUGUGCGAAAACGCCGGUGGUGAGGCCAUGAAGCUGCGAUACCAAGGCCCCGACACCGGCAACCGUAAGGUGAAGGUCCCUUCGUCAGCCCUGAAGCACGAGAAGGCAAGGUGCAGUGGCUACCUGGUCAUCAGGAAAGCUGGCCACUACUUGUUUUGGACUGCCUCAGACGACGGCUCCUUUCUGUACAUCAACGGGCACAGGGUCGUCGACAACAACGGUUGUCACGGCGAGAGGCAGCGAGGCAGCCGCUGGUGGUGGAUGAACGCGGGCAAGCACAGGCUGGUCGCCGACAUGUGCGACCCGUCCUGA